UCUCUCAUACUCGUGUUUUCUACUGUGUCCGUAUAGUGUACUAAAGUGUAUUACUAUUAUACAGUCGGUAUCUUUUGUAAUAUUGACUAUUUUGUCUUUUUAUAUUUUCACAAUUACUAUGUCUAAUAAGCUAUUUUGAUGCAAGUUGCUCUACUUUUAAACGCUCGGUGGAUGAAAAAAUAAUUUCAGUAGUCUACACAGAGUUCAAUCGCAAUCAGCUCGGUAAAGCCGUUAACAGUAGGAAAAGAACAUUUUUAUUUAAAAAAAAAAUAAGAAUAAAAAAUAAUGGAUUUGGCGUCUACGUAUACGGUAUUUUUCAACACAGAUGCGCCGGACGAUCAAGGCUCUUCUCUCCAUUUAUGCGCAAAAAAUGGGGGUGAAAACAAUGAAAACUGCUUACCAAUUUAUUGGGAAAAUUUGAGCGUACACGCAAUAAUUAAAAAAGACCGGUGGUUACGUUCGAGCAUCACCACUAGAAAACUUUUGUUAAAUAAAGUCGAAGGAUAUAUACCUCCGUGUUCACUUGUAGCCAUCAUGGGGCCAAGCGGCGCUGGAAAAAGUACUUUGAUGGCUGCUCUGGCUAAUAAACUUCCAGCCCAAAUCGAACUUGAAGGAAGAGCAAAAAUAGGAAGUCUUUCUGUUAGAAAUUUUGAAAGCCACAAUUUUGGAUAUAUGUAUCAACACGAUUUAUUCUCUGGAUCUUUAACCGUAAAAGAGCACCUUCAUUUCAUGGCUAAAUUGAAACUGGACAGGAGAACAACUGACAAAAAUCUGAAAGCUCGAGUAACGGCGGUUAUAGAAGAAUUAGGUCUUGGUCAAUAUGCGAAUACUAGAAUUGGGGCUGGUGGGGAAAAUGGAAAGACAACGUUAUCGGGUGGCGAGAGAAAAAUUGUGUCGUUCGCAACUGAGCUUCUUACCGACCCAUCAUUUCUAUUCUGUGACGAACCCACAACAGGGUUGGAUUCAUACAGUGCUCAAAAAGUCAUCAAAGUUAUGCAACGAUUAGUGUCUAAUGAAAAGAAAACGGUUGUCUGUAUAAUUCAUCAGCCUAGUACUGAGCUUUUAAAUGCAUUCAACCAGUUGAUUUUAGUAGCUGAUGGAAGAAUCGCCUAUUCAGGACCACCCAACAAGGCGAUUUCGUUUUUUGAAAGUGUUAGUUAUCGCUGUCCCGAUAAUUAUAACUCAGCAGAUUUUAUUAUGAAAAUAUUAUCAGAUAGUAACGAAUCUGUAAAUACAGUUUGUGAUGAAUUUGCAGCUAGUAAACACGCAGAAAUAGUAAAAAAUGCUAUUACGAAUGAAAUAUAUUUCGAUACAUCAAGUUUAUCAGUACUUCGAAAUCACUUAUCGCCAUUUUGGCCGGUGAAACUGUACCACCUGACGGGAAGAUAUUUUCUGGAGAAAGUCCGCAACCCCACCAUCGACAUCCACAGGUUUUUGCAAAAAGUCGGGAUCGCUAUCAUGGUUGGCUUAUGUUACUUGGGCACAAUGCAACAGACUCAAGUCGGCAUACAAUCGGUGCAGGGCGUAUUUUUUAUGCUAAUCACGGAGAACUUCUUCACGCCCAUGUAUUCGGUGAUGAAUCAACUGCCCACACAACUGCCCCUGUUCAGGAGAGAGUACACUUCAGGCCUUUACGACGCCCCGACCUUCUACAUUGCCAACAUACUGUCCUUCAUCCCCACGUUGAUCAUCGAGCCCACGGUGUACACGACAAUCGUUUACUGCAUGGCCGGUAUGCAAACCGAUCUGUAUGGAUAUUUUCUCACGGUAAUCAUCACGAUUCUGGUAAUGGCCGUGUCCACUUCUUGCGGUUACAUGUUCAACAAUAUUUUUGGAUCCUUAUCUUUGGCGUUAACAUUUGUCCAGCCGUUUGACAAUGUGAUCAUGAUCCUGUCCGGAAUAUUUGUGAACCUCAGGAGUGUACCAUGGUUUUUGCAUUGGGUAGUUAAGAUAUCUUGGUUUGAACUUGGAUUUGAAGCUCUCACUAUCCUUCAUUGGCAAAACGUGACUUACAUUGCAUGUAGCGAAGAUCCGGAUGUACCGUGCCUGAUGGAUGGCAGUGAAGUUUUGGAUAAAUAUGAAUUUAAAGUAGCCAAUCUGAUUCCACACAUUUAUACCAUGGUUUGGCUGUACAUUGGUUUCCACGCUGUAUCGUUUGUGUGCUUCGUGACUAGGGCUCGCCUGAACAAACUGUCCUAGAAUGAGAAUUUUAAGUAGGGACUUUUUUUUUAUAUAUAUUUUUUUUUAAUUUUUAUUAUUUUUAUAUAUUUUUGUAUCUGCGAAUAAAGCACAUUUUUUUACAAAAAAAUGCAAAUGCUUUAUUAUCUAGUUUAAAGUGUUUAAACUCAUUCGUAUAAUAAUAUUAUAUUACGUAGAUUUUAUAAAUAGGUACCUACCAACCUACCUAUACUGUCUACCGCUUAGCCAAUAGGUAUACGAAAUAUAGUUUUUUUUAGAAAGGAAGAAGCUGAACCCUUUUUUUAUCAUUCAAAAGCCAAAUAGGCAUAAUAUAUAUACGUAACAAGGGAGGGGGUCAUCGCUUGCGAAGGGUCAGUUUCGCCUCUUGUUCGCGUUUGUGUUUUGACUGUUGCGACAUUUUUAUAGGUGGGAACCUUAGUCCGAUCGUUUUCUCACAUACCGUCACAUUGCGGAGUGAGUCCCUCACCCUUUUUAGCCACGCUAUUACGUAGGUACGUGUGUUUUGCGUAUACACGGGUGCAGCUGCUCCGUCAAUAUUACUGUUAUAACAAUCGCGUCUUAGUCCAUAUACGCACUAAUUUUUUUUUUUAUUAUUAUUUUUUAUUUUUACCACGAGCAGGGAGGUGAAAUCAAGUAUAAUAUAUAAUAUUAUGUGCUUAUAUCGCGGUGGACGUGUAUUUUUAUUUCUACAGCUCGGGGAAAUUUAGUGUUAUAUAAUAUAUUAUUAAGCUUAUUAUUUUCGUAUUGGACCUAAUAUAUAAUAAUUAAUAAUAUAAGAAUAUCUAAUAUAAAAUUAACUUCGAUAAGCUACGGAACGUUUUGCACAAAAUUGUUUAAUAAAAUCUAUAAAUACAAUAUAUUUUAAUAAAUAAUAUACGUACAUUUUUGUAAAAUUCUUAAUAAAAAACUUCAUUUGUUUUUAAAAUCUGUUCAAAUCCUACUAUUCAAGUUUUAUUAGACAUAAUAAUAAUACGAAGGUGUCUGGUGUACGAUUAACGUUUUAUUUAACUGUAUUAUGAAAAUAAUGAGUUAAGAGUUUAUAUACUCAUUAGUUAUUACUUCUAUUUCCGUUUUAGUUUUAAAUACCUGCAACUUUCAAGAUAUAAUUAUCACAUGUCUUAUUAUAAAUCACAAAUACUGAAUACAUUUACUGUAUUUUAAUACAUAUAUAUGUCUUAGGCCAUUUGGAAAAUAAAUCUUUUUACGAAAAGACUAGGCUCUUUGCAAUGGGGUGCCCGUUUGCGAACUACUUAUUAUUUUUCAGACUUAUUAGUCAACAGCAUUUAGGCCUUUUAAGAACUACGAUCGUUAUAAUAAUAUGAUUAUAACCAUUUUCCCUAUUUUCCGACAAGCGUAUCUAUUUGUUUUGCUUAUAUAACAUGUAAACUGAAUAAAUAUAAUAGGGUAAUUUAUUAAUUGUACAAAAAUAAAAACUGCCUUAAAAUUAUUAUAACAUGAAAACUGAAUUAUAAACAUAUUAUAUAGUAUUACAAUCAUUAUAAUAUGAUAAUUUUACUUAUUUUAUUUUAAGGAUUAUUUAUAAUAACACAGUACUUACAUUAUUUUUACAUUAAUUCAAUGACGAGUAUCGGUGUCCAGAGAAGUUUAGAUUACUUUAAUUACCAUAUUAUAAUGAUUGUAAUACUAUAUAAUAAUUCAGUUUACAUGUUACAUAAAACUUUAAAAUAAACUAAAAUUCACUGAUACUCGUUAUUGAUCAAAGUAAAUAAGUUUACAUGUUAUAAUAAUUCUAUUGCAGUUUUUAUUUUUUGUUUCUACAAUUAAUAAAUUACCCUAUUAUACUUAUUCAGUUUACAUGUUAUAUAUGCAAAAUAUCGUGCAAAACAAAUAUAUACGUUUAUCGGAAAAUAGGGAAAAUGGUUAUUAUCAUAUUAUAAUGAUUGUAGUUCUUAAAAGGCCUAAAUGCUGUUGACUAAUAGGCCUGAAAAAUAGCAGGCUGUUUGGAAAAAUAUUAAGUAGUUCGCAAACGGGAUACCCAACUGCAAAGAGCCUAGUAUUUUAGCAAAAAGACUAAUUUUCCAAAUGGCCUACGACAUAUAUAUGUUACAACUAUAAGUCAUAACUGUUUCUUCAUUAUUAUAUGCAUAUAUAUGUAUACAAACUAUAAAGUAUGUACUUAGUUUUUACUAUAUUAUAUAAGUAAAUUAUUUUUAUACUUGAACACAAUUAAUAAUAAAUAUUCUACAAAACGAAAAUGUAUUUAACAAUUUUAAUUUAUAUAAAGUUAAAUAUAUGAAAUUGUACAUAGGUAGGUAAUUUGGUAAAACAUUAAAUAAUAACUAGAAAUAUUACAGUCAAUGUAAUUUGUUUUUAUUUUAAAGAUUAAAAUAUAUCGUAUAAAGUACGUAGGAUGAAUUACGUUUCAAAAAUGUAUAGAAUUGUUUUAUUUUUUUUUAAUAACACACAAGUUAAAGCAGUCAACUGUUACCUUAAAAUCCAGUAUAAACGUCAUAUUUCAUUAAAUAUUAAUUUAAUUCAUUAUAUCUACGUUUUUACAUAUAUGAUAUACCAUAAUGUAAUAUUUUAUUUUAAUAUGUAUCGCACAGCUGUCUGGAAGUAUGCAAACUUUAUAUUGUAAUAAUAGUGGUUAAACAUUAUAAGUUAAACAAUAGCACUCUAUUAUAGACUGUGUAAUGCACGUAAUAUACUUGCAUGGAUAUUUUUCUCGAGAACAUAUUUUGCUUUUAAAGUCUAAUGAACCAUUUAAGUGUUAGUGUAUUGUAAAAAAUAAAAAUUGAAUAAGUAGGUACAUGUCUUUACUAAACUAUAUAGUAAUGUUUUCAUGUACAUAUGUAAAAAAAAAACUAAAAAGAACCGCACCACCUGUUCAUUGAGUGUGUUUUUUUUAAAUUUUAUUUUCAAGUCAAACUUAAUGCCACCCAUAGAACAUUUUAUACAUUUUGUUUUCAAUAUACAACUAGAAUUACUUUUAGAAUAUUGUGCUGUCCUAAUGAACGUUUUAUCUACAGUUUAUAUCACGUUUAAAGUAUACCAAAUCUUUAUAACCGAAUUAUUUUCAUUGUUUAUUGAAAUGUUAUGGGGGUGGAUUUGCUUUUAUGUGUACAAGUUAACGUUUCCUAUUCGUGUCAGGAAAUAGAGUUAUUCAUAACAACUAUAAUAAUAAAAGAAAACAAUACCUACACUUAUAGGUUAUAACCGUUAUUUAAUCUAAGUAAAAUAUCUGAUAUAAAAUUCGCAUUAUAAUACCAAUAAUACGUCUUUACAAUAUGAAUGCAAUAUGUGACUGUUGAGACCAAUAU